AUGCCACCCCCGCACGAGGAGGAAACGGAAAAAAUCAUAUAUCUUGGGUCAUUUGGCUCGUGGAGGCCUGAACUUCUUUUUACAUCUUCUGGUGGUAUUCCGCAAGAGGUAGCGUAUAGGUCACCCCAUGCGUUUCGUUUUGGUGCCGUCUUUGGUGUUUUUUCGUUUCUGUGGAAGCUGAUAAACAACAGCAUGCGACUUGCCCGCGGUAAAAACGAUCAUUGGAAUGGGCUUGUCGCAGGAUCGAUUGCUGGGCUUGCCAUCAUUGCAGAGAAACGAGAGAGAAGAAUAACACUCGCACAGCAAGUUUUUGUAAGGGCAUUACAAGGUGCUUAUAAUGCGGGCCAUGCGCGCGAGUAUUUCAACAUUCCUCAUGGAGACUCGUUGCUAUUCAUGGUAACCUGUGGUCAAGUUCUGUAUGCUUACACGAUGCAGCCAGAUACAAUUCCGCAAGACUUUUUAAAGUUUAUGAUCCAAACAGCGCGUGUUCCCGCUAAAGCACUUCGAUUCAAUAGAUUAAACGUUCGUGGACAACCAUUAGAUACGGCUGAACUAUUGGAUUAUGCGGUAAAAUAUAAAGCAACUCCUAAAGCUUUGGACGUUAUAUCCAAACUGCCUGCUCAUCCAUUGGCUAUACCAUGUCCACUCGUUCAUCCACGUUUCGAUUCCUGCACAUAUACGGUUGUCGAACGGUUUUAUAAAGUGUUUAAAACGAUUUUACCCGUAUAUGCGGCUUUAAACACCGUUUCUAUGCUAGUAUUGGGACUUAAACUUUUUAUCAAAAAUCCCAAACAUACCGCCUACAAAGCCUCGUUCAACACUAUACGUUCUUCAAUAUUCCUUACUCUGUUCGUCGCCGGUUACCAGACACAAGUGUGUCUUCACCGAAAUAUUGUCAAAUCUGGAUAUAAGUGGCAUUCCAAAUAUUUCUACUGGUGGUGGGGAUUCAUUACCAGUCUGUCUAUCUUUGUUGAAGACAGAAGAAGACGCGUUGACUUGGCUUUAUAUGUAUUACCAAAGGCUGCCGAGUCUUGGUAUAAGAUAUUGUAUAGUAAGAACUGGAUUUUCGAAUUAAACAAGUAUGCAGACGUAUGGUUUUUCUCAGCUGCUACGGGUGUUAUAAUGGCCUUUUACCAGCAAGAACCCGAGGUUCUUAGCCACAUAGUAAAAUCUGUGCUACAUAACUUUGUUGGAAAGAACUGA